CUGAUAUCGCGUAGAGAAAUCAUAACACUCCAGGCUGGCCAGUGCGGCAACAGCGUCGGGCAGCAGUUCUGGCAGCAGCUUUGCCAGGAACACGGUAUCAAUAAAGACGGCAACCUUGAGGACUUUGCGACCGAGGGCGGUGACCGUAAAGACGUAUUCUUCUACCAAUCCGACGACACUCGCUAUAUUCCACGCGCCAUUCUGCUUGAUCUUGAGCCUAGAGUGCUCCACUCCAUCCAGGCGAGUCCGUAUAAGAACAUCUACAACCCCGAGAACUUCUACAUUCACAAGGAUGGCACUGGCGCGGGUAACAACUGGGGUAUGGGCUACAGCAUGGGCGAGCAAGUUCACGAGGAUAUUCUGGACAUGAUUGAUCGCGAGGCAGACGGCUCCGACUCGCUUGAGGGCUUCAUGAUGCUGCACUCGAUUGCUGGCGGUACUGGAUCAGGUCUUGGAUCGUACAUGCUGGAGCGACUGAACGACCGGUUUCCUAAGAAGCUCAUACAGACGUACAGUGUCUUCCCCAACACACAAGAUGGCGAUAUAGUGGUCCAGCCAUACAACAGCUUGCUGAGCAUGAGACGGUUGACGCAAAACGCAGACUCAGUGGUCGUUCUCGACAACGGAGCCCUAACAAGGAUUGCUGCAGACCGACUGCACGUUAUGAACCCGUCGUUCGAGCAGACCAACCAGUUGGUGUCCACCGUCAUGUCCGCCAGUACCACGACCCUUCGCUACCCCGGAUACAUGCACAAUGAUCUUGUCGGCAUUGUCGCAUCGCUCAUUCCUACACCCCGCUGUCAUUUCUUAAUGACUUCGUACACACCCUUCUCCGGUGAGAACGUAGAGCAGGCCAAGACUGUCCGCAAGACGACCGUCUUGGACGUCAUGAGACGAUUAUUGCAGCCCAAGAACCGCAUGGUCUCUACAAACCCGACCAAGAAGAGCUGCUACAUGUCGAUAUUGAACAUUAUCCAAGGAGAGGCAGACCCGUCAGAUGUGCACAAAUCGCUCAUGCGCAUUCGCGAACGACGCCUCGCUACCUUCAUUCCAUGGGGCCCUGCAUCCAUUCAAGUCGCCUUGACUAAAAAGUCACCCUACGUCACUUCUUCACAUCGCGUGUCCGGCCUCAUGCUCGCGAACCACACGGGUAUCGCCACGCUCUUCAAGCGCAUAGUCGCUCAAUACUCUACACUCCGUAAACGCAACGCCUUUCUCGAGAGCUACAAACGCGAAGUGCCCUUCAAGGACGGCCUAGGCGAGUUCGAUGAAGCCAAAGAGGUCGUUCAGGGCCUGAUUGCAGAGUACGAAGAGGCGGAAGAUGCAGACUACCUCACCAAAGAGACAGCACCGCCUACUGAGGAGGCUGAGGAUAAGAGGGCGGGUUAG